UAUAUCGUAGUCACUACUCAUCUGAUCACUCGAGUUCAAUGUGGCAUCCAUUCCCAUUCUUUCGUUUCUAGUAUCUUUCAGGCAGAGUUACCCUUUCAAUUUAAACAUUCCACAUAACUGUCCCAAAAGUACAACCUCGUUAAGCUAACUUCUCUCUCAAUCAAAUGAAACAGUCUCUCCCUCUGUCUCUCUCUUCACUAUGCUGACAUAAAAUUUUGUUUCAAACAGCUUUCGAAUAUUCAAUUGAACUUUCUCUCUCUAUGAAUCAUCAGUUACUUUUUGAAUCCUUCAAAAACACUAAAAAGGAAGAUUCUAAAGCUCUUUUUAAUUAAAACCCACGAAAAUUUCUUUUCCAAGAAGCCUGCUUUUUUUCUUGGCCGAGAGAAAAGUUCUUAACCAAAUUAUCUUGACAGUGUCUUGUCCAAAGUUUGAAUUUUUCUUGGUGGGUUUUGGUCUUUAGGUUGAAAGAUUAAAAGGGUUUUUGAGUGAAAGAAAGAAUAGUAUGAAGAUCAAAGAAGAUCAUAAAGACUUGAAGGGCUUUCAGAGAAGUUGAUUCUUUGAUUUUUGACUGUUGGAUCAGCUUUUUGUUAUUGGGUUUUUGUUGUUUUUAUUCGGUUUAGCUCUUAAAAGGUAAGUUCUUUGUUCUUCUUAUGCUUUUCAAGUUUUGUUUUUUAUAUGUUUUUUGUUUGUUUUAUAAAACCUUCUUUACAUUUCAUUUCAUUCCAUUCAUAUCCUUGACUUGAGAAGUCAAUUUUGUCAUGCUCUUGAAUUGUAGAAAUCUUGUAAGAUAUUUCUUUCAAAAUAUCUUUGAUGUUGAACUAGGGUUUUGUGGCUUAAAUUUCAGGGGAAAAAGAAUUUAAAGUUUUGUGUUCUUUGGUUGAAGAUUUACCAAGCAUAUUUAAAUGAAAUAAUAAACAAGCAAAGCAUUAUGGUUACAAAGGGACGCCAGAACGCGACUGACUCUCCAAAAUCGGAGGUGGGAGAGAUAGACACUAGUGCACCUUUUCAAUCUGUUAAAGAUGCCGUCACUCUUUUCGGUGAAGGUGCUUUCUCUGGUGAAAAACCUGCCAUAAAAAGGGCAAAACCUCACUCUGCAGAGAGAGUACCGGCCAAAGAGGCACAGCUUCACCUGGCUCAGAAAGAGUUGAACAAGUUAAAGGAGCAACUAGAAAAUGCCGAGACAACUAAGGCUCAAGCAUUUGUAGAGCUUGAAAGGGCUAAAAAAAGGGUUGAGGAACUGACUCACAAACUUGAAACUGUUAAUGAAUCAAAGGAUUCUGUAAUCAAGGCUACAGAAGCUGCAAAGAAUCAGGUAAAACAGAUUGAAGAAGCAAAUUUGGGUAUUCUCCCUGGAGCUGAUGGUUCUAGGAGCCAGGACUUGGAAACUGCAAGGGAACAAUACAUGACUGUGAUUACUGAACUUGAUGCUGCAAAACAAGAAUUGAGGAAGUAUCGUCAGCACUGUGAUGCAUCCUUAGAAGAGAAAAUUGCUGCCCUCAACAAAACAAAAGGAGCUGAACAUUUAGCUAAGGUUAAUAUGGAGAAGGUUGGAGAGCUCUCCAGGGAAAUUUCAUCUGUACAGGAAUCAAUUGGACAAGUGAAGCUUGCAUCUCUUGAAGCACAGAAAGAACAGGCUAAAAUGUUUGCUGAAAAGAAUACUCAGAGGCUAUUAUAUAAGGCUACCCUUGAAGUAUCGACACAGAAGUUGCUUGCUUUAAAGAAUGAAUUUGACCCUGAGCUUACACGAAAUCUUGAAGCACAACUGUCUGAAACAGUUCAUCAGACUGGGGCAUUGCAGAAGCAGAUGGAAGAUGCAAAGGCUUCUGAUCUCGAGUCUGUACGAACUGUUACUUCAGAGCUAGAUGGUGCUAAAGAAUCGCUGCAAAAAGUCACUGAAGAGGAGAACUCCUUGAGAAGUUUGGUGGAGUCCCUUAAGGUGGAACUAGAGAAUGUGAAGAAAGAGCAUGCCGAGCUGAAGGAGAAGGAAGCAGAAACAGAGUCUAUUGCAGGGAAUCUGCACAUCAAGCUUCGGAAAAGUAUAUCAGAGCUUGAAGCUUUCCUUGCACAGGAAUCCAAAGCAAGAGGCGCCUUUGAAGAAAUGAUUUCAACUCUCCAACAGUUAUCAGUGGAAAAAGAAAAUGCAUGGCGAGAAGCGAAAGAAAUGAAGAAGGUAGCUGAGAAGCUAAAGUUGGAAGCUGAAGCCUCAAGAAGUAAACUUGAGGAAGCAGAAAAGCAGCUGAGAGUUGCUCUGGAAGAAGCUGAAACUGCAAAAGAAGCUGAGAUAAGGGCACUUGAUCAGAUAAAGAUGCUUUCUGAGAAAGCAAAUGCUGCACGUUCCUCAACCUCCGAAUCUGGAGCCAAUAUCACUAUCUCCAGGGAAGAAUUUGAGUCUUUGAGCCGUAAAGCUGAAGAGUCUGAUAAUUUAGCUGAAAUGAAAGUGGCAGCUGCCGUGGCUCAGGUAGAAGCUGUGAAGGCUAGUGAAAAUGAGGCCCUCAAGAGGUUAGAGGCGACUCAGAAAGAGAUUGAAGACAUGAAGGUUACAACUGCGGAUGCCUUGAAGAGGGCAGAGAUGGCUGAAGCAGCGAAGAGAGCAGUGGAGGGAGAGCUUCGAAGGUGGCGCGAAAGGGAACAGAAGAAAGCAGCUGAAGCUGCAUCUCGGAUUCUAGCAGAAGCACAGAUUUCAGCAGAAUCAUCCCCACAACACUACAGAAUUCAAAAGCAAAACCCAUCAGAGAAAAUUGUUCAGGCUCGAAAGUUGGAAAAAGAGAAGUCUUCUGUCUCAAAAAAGGUGGUUUUACCCAAUAUCAGCAGCAUCUUCAAUCGAAGAAAGAACCAAAUUGAGGGUGGAUCUCACUCUUAUCUGCCUGGUGAGAAGCCUCUGUGACAUUGCAUUUGCCAGAUCUUUGUGCAUGAACAUGCUGUAACUGACUUCUGUAUAGGACUACUGUUAGGUUAAUUGAUGAUUUAGCAGUUGAAAUGAAAUGUUGAUGAAGCUUUGGCAGUAAGCAAAUUUAGGCUUGAAUCUUGGAUGUAGUGGUCACCCAAAGACUGGCAGAAACAGCAGGCCAUUUUGUUUCAUAAUAUCCUUGAAAUCAAUGAAUACAUCCAGGAAUCCUCCAUGA